UGAUACUGUUGGUAUAUUCUCUUCUUCUCCACCGAAUAUAUCUUUGCCUUUGCCCCCUUCCUUCGAUGUGAUACCUAACCACCACUCUCUCAAUUCUCAUCACACAACCAACCCCAAACCACCACAGCAAAAAAAAAAACAGAGCUGAGAGAACCCCGAAACAGAGUGCCUAAAAGUGUUCGUUUUUUUUUUUUUUUUUUUGCAAUGGUUUGGAGGUUUGUUAAUGGCGUUAUAGACUCUUGGGACUAAAAGGGAGAAGGAAGUAGUCUGUGCAUUUUCUUGAUUUCUCACUGUUUCUCCUCCGCUUUAGAGAGGAAUAGGCGAGGAAUUGAGAUUUAUAAAAAGGGCUUCUUUUUCUCGCGUUUGUGUAUAAAGCCUGACGCUUCUCUCAUGGUUCGAUGGAAAUUCUUGAGUGAUGGAGGCAAAUCUAGUUUACAUCACAUGAGCAAUUAACGACAUGUCAUCAUGAUGGUCUCACUAUCGCAUUGGUGGGAAUAUGCGUGAAUGAUUUGUCAAGACACCGAUCUUUUUGCCUCACUUCGUUUUUCAUUUGUGUGAACUCUAUCUUGUUUCCUCUAUAUACUUUGGAUCCUAGCUCCUUUAGGGCAAAUCUCCUUUGGCAAAAGUUAAAAUUAAGCAGCAGUAGCAGAAGUGAAGUUUCUCCCAUUAGGUGCCUUUGAUACAAGUUACUUCACUUUGGAGACUUCAACUUUAAGCCUUUCAAGUUUUCUUUGAGGUUUGAAGCUCCACCCUCAUUCUAGGGCAUAUCUCCUUUGGCAAUUGGAACUCCAAUCACAUAUUGGAUUCCCCUUUGAAGUUUAUCCAACUGGAAACUUCAGUCCAUUCGUUGGGCAUAUCUCCUUUGGCAUUUCAGAGUCCUCAGUUGGCUCACCUUAUCUCCAGUUCGAGCAAAUCUCCUUUGGCAUUAUCCGAGUCUUACAGUUGACUCCUAUUAUCUUUAUCUUAGUCGACCAGAUCUCAUCACGGUCUGUAGUUUCAGUAGACCUUUGCUGUUAGUCCAUAUCAGUCAUCUUACGCGCCUAUAAACGUAAGUGGAUUGGUUAAGAAAGACUGCACGGAAGCAUUUCUCAUCAAGGCAUCUAAACUAUGGAUCUUACUGACUCUGAUUGGGAUAGCUCCAGCGACAGUGGUAGCAGUGAACACGAAGAAGUUGAGUUUUCUUAUGGUGUACGAGCUCAGAACAUUUUCUCAAACCUUGAAGAGACCAUUGGAAAAAUCGAUGAGUUCUUGUCCUUCGAGAGGGGAUUUAUGUAUGGUGACAUUGUGCGGUCCACAACUGAAGCAUCAGGACAGAGUGGCAGGGCUAUCAACAUUGACAUGUUUGUCAACCUCGAGAGUACUCAUGGUAAGAUCAUAAAGGAAGUUGAUACCAAGAGGCUUCAAAAGUUGCGUUCUAUCUCACUCUGUGAUUAUGUGAUUAACGGACCUUGGCUUGGAAGGGUUGACAAAAUAGUUGAGCGUGUCUCUGUCACCCUCGACGACGGUUCCAAUUAUGAGGUCCUUGUAAGCGAUCAAGAUAAACUUGUGGCCAUUCCCCCAAAUUUGCUCGAGGAUUCUCUGUAUUCUUAUUACCCAGGGCAAAGAGUUCAGGUAAAGCUGGCACAUGCUCCCAGAUCAACAACAUGGUUAUGCGGGAACUGGAGGGAGAACCAGGUUAUGGGAACUGUUUGCGCUGUAGAAGCAGGACUUGUCUAUGUCGAUUGGGUUGCCUCCAUCGUAAUGGGUGGUGAUCGGAAUUUAACUGCACCUCAAGCUUUGCAGAAUCCUGAGACUUUAACUUUGUUACCUUGUGUUUCUCAUGCAAGUUGGCAGCUUGGUGACUGGUGUAUACUCCCUAGCUCUUCUCACUCGGAUACAGCAGAGCGACAAACUCCAUAUGUGGCUGCCUACAAUCCCAACGAAUGCCAUAAGACAUUCCAAAAAGGGUUUAACAGAAAUAUUCAGAGCUCAAGCUUGGAUGAGCUUUUUGUUAUUACGAAGACAAAGAUGAAGGUUGAUGUUAUGUGGCAAGAUGGUAGCUGCAGUCUGGGAGUUGAUUCCCAACAGCUGCUUCCUGUUGGUGCUGUUAAUGCUCAUGAUUUUUGGCCCGAACAGUUUGUUGUGGAAAAGGAAACCUGCAACAGCACAAAAUGGGGAGUUGUGAAGGCUGUUAAUGCAAAGGAACAAACUGUGAAGGUACAAUGGACAACACAGGUGGAGAAAGAAGCAACAGGUUGUGUUAAUGAGCAGAUGGAGGAAAUGGUCAGUUCUUAUGAACUGCUUGAACACCCUGAUUUUGGAUUCUGUUUCAGCGAUGUGGUGGUCAGGUUACUUCCACAAGGAAAAACUGAUUCAAAUGCAGAUAAAAUCGUCGCUACAGAGACCAAACACCUACUUACAGAGAGUGACUACAGUGGUGCAUAUUAUUUGUCAAGUAUUGGUGUUGUUACAGGUUUUAAAAAUGGUGCCGUGGAGGUGAAAUGGGCCAAUGGUUCUACUAGUAAGGUUGCACCAUGUGAAAUUUGGAGGAUGGAAAGGUCUGAAUUUUCCAACUCUGGCAGUAUAAAUUCGGAAGGCACUGUUCAAGAUCUAAGUCAGAAGAUUAGUCAAUCAGAUGAAGCAUCUUCAAACCAUCAGGAAACGGGUCUGGUGAAGCUCUACAGUGUUGGUGAAGGCCGCAACAAGAACAUUGCGGAAUGUAGUUCAUUUUUCCUUCCAAAAGCUGCCAUUGGAUUUAUCACAAACCUUGCAUCAAGCCUUUUCGGUUCUCAGAGUUCCACUUCGCAUUCACGUUGCAAUGAUUCUGAAGAUCAAAGUGACUCUGAGGUCCUUGUUCAAGAAGUAACAGAAUCAUAUGACAUCUCUGAAUCAAAUUCAGGUGAAGUGGAUAUGGCCACGAUGGUCAACUUACCUACUGAAGGAAAAGAAAUUACCAAGACACUGGACUCAACUCUUCUAGAGAGCAGCAGGGAACUUGUGAGAUUUAGACAGUUUGAUAUGGUUAACGACUGCUCGGAUCAUCGUUUCCUUUCUUUGGAUAAUGGGUUGGCACAAUCUCAGUUCACGAAGAGUUGGGUGAAGAAUGUCCAGCAAGAAUGGAGCAAUUUGGAGGCAAAUCUUCCCGACACAAUAUACGUGCGUGUGUAUGAGGAAAGGAUGGACCUACUGCGUGCAGCCCUAGUUGGUGCCCCUGGAACACCAUACCACGAUGGACUUUUCUUUUUCGACAUUAUGCUUCCACCUCAAUAUCCUCAUGUGCCACCAAUGGUACAGUAUCAUUCAGGUGGGAUGCGACUAAAUCCUAACCUGUACGAGUCAGGAAAAGUCUGCCUGAGUCUGCUGAAUACAUGGAAUGGCUCUGGCACUGAAGUAUGGAACCCGGGGAGCUCCUCCAUCCUUCAAGUUCUUCUUUCAUUUCAGGCUCUUGUUCUGAAUGAGAAGCCUUACUUUAACGAAGCUGGCUAUGAUAAGCAGCUGGGACGAGCUGAGGGAGAGAAAAACUCAGUGAGUUACAAUGAGAAUGCAUUCCUCAUCACUUGCAAAUCCAUGAUCUCAUUACUCCGCAAGCGCCCAAAGCAUUUUGAGGUGCUUGUGAAGGAUCACUUCACAAAACGGGCCCAGCAUGUUCUGGCUGCGUGCAAGUCUUAUAUGGAAGGUGUCCCUGUAGGAUCAUCAGUGAACAUGCACGAAAGCUCAACCACAAAUUCCACCGGUUUCAAGAUCAUGCUCUCCAAACUCUACCCAAAACUUGUGGAAGCAUUCUCAGAGAUUGGAGUUGAUUGCGGCCAAGAGGAUUGAACUGGAAUCAUAAAGGUCGGUUAUGUUCUGAUGUCAUAUCAUCUUCCUAACAUCCAAUAGUUGCUGUAUAAUAUCAGUUUGCGAGGUGGGUAAUACCUUCCCCAUGUAGAAUAUGUUUUGUACUUCAAGGUGUGAGAAUAAAACUGCUGUAAAAUAGGCUCAUCUUGUAUGAUAAUCUCAUCUUGUAUAAUAUCCAAGGGUUCUAGUUUUGCAAGAACUAUGUACCAUAUUGUAUAAUAAAAAUUAAACACUCGUGUUUGUGUGUA